AUGGCCAUGCGCGGAUCUUGGGAAAGAUCACUUACAUUUAUUGAUGAAGAUCUUGAAGGCGAAAGCGGAAGUGGUAGCGGAAGUGGAAGUGGGAGUGGAGAUGGAAAAACUUACUAUGAGGACUUCCCCGAUCCGAUUUUUACACCUAAAUUCAAACCAAUUGAGCCUUCUUUUGACAAGAUCGAAGACGUGCCAUACCCUUUUAUCCCAAUCCAAUCCGUGAUACCAAAGAAAACCACAAAAAUCUUCACAACGUCCAAAUUACCCGACAACGAUCGAUCUUCAAACAGUGAGAAAAUCUCAACUUCAGAGGAAGACAGUGAAGUUAUCACAGUAUCAAAUCCAAGGAAGCCAUUUCCAAAGAAGAAGAAUAUUAACACAGAGAGUUCUUUGGGAACACCCUCAAAAGCAGAAGAUGGUUUGAGUGAGCAAGAUAUUUAUGUCAUCGUGAGUUCGGUGGCAGGCGUACUGGACAUGGAUAAUUAUGGCGAGGCAGAAAAAGAGCUCGUUUUUCGAAAUUUAAAUAUAACCUUGAAACAAAAACAUGUACUCAAGAAUAUUAGUGGAGUGGCGAAGUCGAAAGAAAUUUUAGGAAUUUAUGGACCAAAAGGUUCCGGAAAAACAACACUAGUUGAGACUUUGGCGGGACAGUUGAAGCCGUAUGUUGGAGAUGUUUUAUUGAGUGGAACACCAAUUGAACACACACGGGCGGAAGUGGCGUUGGUGCAGUCAUCAGAUCUGCACUUGCCAACACUGACUGUAUCAGAGACCCUCAAGUAUGCAGCAGUCCUUAGACUUCAUAAUCUGUCCACAAAAGAUCUUGAUCUCCGACUACGUCACGUGGUUGACCUGUGUCAACUUGACAUGUUUAAGGACUUGAUGAUGCAAUUUCUUCCCAUUCCUGCACGAAAAAGAACAAGCCUUGCCUGUGAACUACUUCUGCACCCUUCGGUGCUUAUCGUAGAUGACCCUGUUAGAACCAUGGAAUUCAAAGACGCCAUAGAUUUACUAAAGUUAUUACGUCACUAUGCUGAAAAAUUCAACAAAAUUGUCGUGAUGUCAUUGGCCGCUGCCCCAAGUGCUUUUUAUAGCGUCUGUCACAAUCAACUUUUCUUGUACAAUGGCCAUAUAGCAUACUAUGGCAAAGCUACGGAACUUCCGAAUUUCCUCAAAGAACUUGAGCUUAGUACACCACAAGGAUAUAACCCUGCCGAUCAUAUGUUGGAGUUGUUGAAUGAAGACACUUUAAAUGACCGGUCACCGAUUCAAGAGAAAAUUGUGCAGGAAAUGUAUAAAAAGAGACAAGAACCUGGAUGGGAAUGCAAAUCUUUCAUCAACAAAUAUCCAAUCACGUGUCAUUAUAAACAUCACGUGGCCUCUUCAGUUCAGAAUGAAAAGAUAAGGAAUUAUGAUACAUCUGUCGACUUACAUAACGAGGAAGUUGAGGUAUUGGUUGAGGAUUCGGUUCCAAACCCUUCGGUUUUCACUACUUCAUUUUGUCGUCAAUUCAAAGUUCUGCUGGGCCGUAAUUUUCACAAUGCUCGACGGCGGAUAUUGAACCCAAUCAGUCUAAUUCAGAACUUUUAUAUCUUGGUGAUUUGUGUGCUUAUUUGGUGGAGACCAGAAAGGGUGGAAAACGAAGUGAUGGAUCGAAUGGGACUAUUUUUCUUUACUGUUGUACAGUGGGCUUUCUUUGCACUGCUAGAUGCUAUACUUACAUUUCCAAAAGAGAUUAAAGUCAUUAAUCGGGAACGGAAAUUCCGACAUUACCGACUUUCAGCCUUUUGUAUUUCCAAGUUCCUCAGUGAGAUACCCUUAGCAGUACUCCAGCCGGUGGUUUACAUGGCAGUCAUCUAUUGGGUUGCUAAUCUCAAUGGUGUCUCUGCCUUUUUCGCCUCCACUGGUGUACUCAUUGUAGAUGUCCUGGCAGCGCAGAGUAUAGGCGUUUUCAUUGGAUCAGCUCUUCAACCACCAUGGACUGUAACAAUUGUCUCCCUUGGACUUUUGUCAAUGAUGUUAUGGGGCGGCGCAUUUAACACUCCUCCUUCUUGGCUGAGUUGGGGAAAAUAUGCCUCGUUUUUCUUCUAUGGGUUGCAAGCUUUAAUUGUCCUGGAAUUCAAAGACGCCCCUCCUAUAAAGUGUUUACCGAAUAGUACACUUCCGGUUUGUAAUAUGGUUAACCCGGUCACAAAUAUGACAGCAGGGGAGUUUGACUCGGAAGCCAUCUUAUUGGUGCAAAAGAUCACGUGGCCUGUAUGGCAAUACGUCACUGUGCUGCUUGUAAUAAUGGCGGUCACACGUAUUCUUUGGUAUAUUGUGAUGAGGCGACAGAAACUUCACUGGCAUUUGUAAGAGAGAGAGAGAGAGAGAGAGAGGGUAAUUUGAGGGCUGUUUGGAAAUUACUGAGACAUUUUUUAACAGCAGAGAAGAAAGAGAUAAAUUCUUGAAACAAAUAAUGGAACUAUGCUAAAUCUCUUGUUGAUAGCAUCAUUAGAUAGUCUAAACUUGCAUAUAUACAAUGAACCACAGAGAUAUAAUCAUUACCUCAUUUUAAUAUUAAUUCAGCCUUAGAUUUGUGCUCAUCGAAACGACUGUUCUUUUUCUGUAAUAACUUGAAACCAAAUAGUCAGAGAUUCUCUACAUUCCUACCCCCCCUCCCCCCAACUUUAUAUAAACUGUUUGAUGUUGUUACCGAUAUGUCAGAUAUCCAUGAAAUAUGUAUUACUGUCGGAUAUAUAUCAUUCGGUACCAACUUUAGGACCAGUAAUGCAAAUUCUUCCAUAAUAAUUGAUUGUCGUCCAGCUCAUAUGCUUUCACUGCGGCUAAAUGCAUGAUUUGUCAGAAAAGGUUUAAAUCAACGAUAAACUAAAACCCUAGACACAUUUUCUCUGCAUUGUGUUUGAUUUAGAAGUUCCUUAGUUUGAGCAGUUCUACUCGGCUCUAAGCAUAAAUUAAUUAAUGCCCACUGCUGCACCUACACGUCAAAAUUCAUUCUGUCGUCAUAAUCAGAUUUGAAAAUAUAUCAUAAUAUAAGAAUUUCUUACAGAAAAUCUAUCAAACAUGGACAAAGUCAAGGAUAAAAAUCUUAUAUAUCUUUCAUACAUACUCUUGGUCAACCUGGACUUAUUACGUAGAAGUUACAGAAUUCUGCGCUGGUUAACCCUACAAUCGACACAUUAAUAGGUCAUUUAAAAGAAAAAAAUUAUGAUGUAUUAGAAAUAUUUCUUGCUUUUAUAUAUUGUUGGUGUUUGUUAAAUAUAUAUAUAAAUCAACUUUCACUAAAAAUAAACGUUCAUAUCAGAAAGGGAAAUACUCAGAUUGUCUUAUAAAUUUUGGAACAGCCCUCGUAUAUUUGGAAAUUUGGUAUCGAUCGAUCAUCUUUAACAUUGUAGAUAAAAUGGUAUUAUAUUUGUCAAGUUCUUUUUACUA